ACUAAUACCCUCUUGACCUUUUACCCCUACAUCCAACGGUCACUCUUUCUUCUUCUGAAAAGCAGGAACUCAUCUCACCCGUCCGAUCAUUCCAUAAUUAGCCCCUCUCUCUUCAUCUUCUCCCUUCUCCUUCUUUCCAGCCUAUACUUCACUUCGUCUCUUUCUUUCCUUCUUUGGUAUACCGCUCUCUACUGUACUGAAAAGCGGUUUUCCGGUCACAACAGAUCGGGUCUCUCGGUUUCGUCUCGGCCUCGAUCCGUCUCUUUCAGGAAUUAACGUGGGCUUUUAUUGAUCGACAAUGGCCACUGGAACGGAACUCGAGAAACCUGAACCUGUCCCUACAGGAUUGAAGUCAGAGCCCCUUACAAAAUUGGCUGGGCAUGAUGUGGCUUCUGGAAAAGAUGGAAUGCCUUCUGACUUAACCUCAUCCAAUUGCUCUUCUGGGGAUGCUACCUCUAAUGCCAAAGGUGAAGGGGAUGGUAAUUCUAGCAGCAAAGGGGAGGCUGAUCAAGAGUCAGUUGAAGAGCGCAGUGUUCAGAAUCCACCUACCAAUAGUUACAAUUAUUACUACCCAGGAUAUAGCGUACCCUUCACACAAUUGGAUGAUCAUGGCUAUUUUCAAGCAGAUGGAUCCCAUAUGGGAAUGCAAUCAGACAACGGAUCACUUGUCUAUUAUUUACCUGGCUAUAGUCCAUAUGCUUCUGGGACAGUAGUUGGGGUAGAUGGGCAGCAACAAUUUUUUUCUUCUCCUGGUUACCUUCCGCGUCCAGUUUCCUAUGGAUCAGAGUCCAUGCCUUGUUAUUCAUGGGAUUCAACAUGUGUUGGAGAUGUCUCAAAUGGCAAUAGUGGUUCUGGAAAUAGAAAAUACAGUUCAGGUCCUAGUUUUUCCAAGGCCAAUGGUUUGAACUCAAUGAAGUCUAAUGGCAACAUUGGUGGCAAGUCUUCUAAGUCUACUUACAUGCAUCCAAGCAGACCUUUAAACAAGAUGUCUACAUUGGGUUCUGAUUUCUCAGCAGGCCUCUUGAAGGGAUACCAUCCUGUAGGAAAUAUGUCUUUGUAUUCUAUCCAAAGACAAGGUCCAUUCCCGCAUAGUGGUCCUAUGAACUAUAGGCAGAAUGGAAGGAUAUGGAAUGGAAAUGAUAGAAAUAAAUCAAUAGACAGAUUCUAUAAAAAGAGUGAUUUUGAAACAUCAACUGAGUUAACUUGCGGUCCUAGGGCUUCUAAUGAAAUUUCUCCUCCGGACACUGCUGUCAAGGAAGACUUGGGAAUCACUGUACAAAGGGAUCAGUAUAACCAACCUGAUUUUGAAACUGAGUACACACAUGCUAAGUUCUACGUCAUCAAAUCUUACAAUGAAGAUGACAUUCAUAAGAGCGUUAAGUAUGACGUAUGGGCUAGUACUCCAAAUGGCAAUAAGAAGCUAGAUGCCGCAUUCCGUGAUGCAGAACAGAGAUCAGGUGGAACUGGCACAAAAUGUCCAAUUUUCCUCUUUUUCUCGGUUAAUGGAAGUGGACAAUUUGUUGGGAUAGCUGAGAUGGUUGGGCAGGUAGAUUUUGAUAAAGACAUGGACUUUUGGCAACUCGACAAAUGGAACGGUUUCUUCCCAGUUAAAUGGCAUGUCAUAAAAGACAUUCCUAACAGUCAGCUGCGGCAUAUCAUCCUGGAAAAUAAUGACAGGAGGCCUGUAACUUUUAGCAGAGACACACAAGAGAUAGGACUUGAGCAAGGUUUGGAAAUGCUGAAAAUUUUUAAGAGUUAUUCAGCUAAGACAUCAUUGUUAGAUGACUUCAAUUUCUAUGAAAACCGAGAGAAGAUUCCACACACUAAAACGAGCAAUAAGCCUGCAAGUCUGCGAAUGGAGAUAGACAAAAACGGCGAUUUUCUGAAGCAUACAAAAGCAGGAGAUAGGAAACCUGAUGAUGAUUUGAGGAUCAAGAAAACGACUAAUUUAAUGAAGAAUCUCUCUCUCCAUGGCUACAAUCCAAAGAGUAAUUAUGUAAAGAAGCCAAUAUAAAAUUCAAUUUAGAGCUUCUUUUAGUUAUUUGCAAUGCUAUAGAUCAUUAGAUCUUGAGGGUUGUUCCUCUUAUGUGAUUUGUUCUUUUUUUUUUUUUCUUUUUUUUUUGUCCUUCUUGUUUUAUCAUUUCUUUUGCUUUCCAUUUGAAGCCAGUUAUAAUUAUUAAAAAAAAAAGGCUAUUUCUUUC